UGUGUGUUGCAGAUCUGCCAUAAGAUGGUGGAUUUGUUAAGAGAGUGCAGUACUCUGGAAUACAUUCACGAUCCGGAAGGCGUUGCAAUAUUUGGUGAUUUGCAUGGAAGCGUGUUUGACCUGUUCAAAGGACUAAAGAAUAGCGGCUGGCCUAGUGAACGAACUCUGAUUUUUUUAGGUGAUUACGUGGAUCGAGGAGAAUACCCAAUAGAACUUGUCCUUUUUCUAUUUUUAUUAAAAUUACGCUACCCUAAACGUGUAUAUUUACUGCGUGGAAAUCAUGAAACAAUAAGCCAGUGCUAUGGAAAUAAAACCGACGAGCGAGGAUUGAUUCGAACUGUAUGUUUUGACAGUAGCGAGGGUUCUCAUAUCAUAUUUUUUCCGCGAUUCGUGUAA